CCUUCGUUGCAUGAUCAAGUCACAGUGAUUGUAAGGCAGAUCAAAAUGGUGUUCCCCCUUUAUCUUUAGGAUUUGCUUUUUGUGAUUGUGAACCUUGCGUCAAACACCGUCUUUGUUCAUUGAUGCACUCAUUCAGUCAUUCUAUAUAUAUUAUAUCAUCUCUUCUUUAUGACACCAGAAGAAGACUUUGCUAAUUAAUUAACACAGCAGAUUAAAAUGGAAUGGAAGAAGUGCUAUCUAGACAUGAUAUUGGUGCCAUUAUCCUUUAUGAUCACCAUUGGCUACCACCUUUGGCUAUGGCAGAAGGUCCGAACCAAACCACUUUCAACCAUCAUCGGCACCAAUAACUAUGGAAGACGCUUGUGGGUAUCCACCAUUAUGAAGGAUAAUGAGAAGAAAAAUAUAUUAGCCGUUCAGACACUUCGAAACACAAUAAUGGGAGCAACUCUUAUGGCUACAACAUCGAUACUUCUAUGCUCAGGUCUAGCAGCAGUUAUUAGCAGCACAUAUAGCGUUAAAAAACCAAUCAGUGACGCUCUUUAUGGGGCUCAUGGUGAAUUUAUGGUAGCAUUGAAAUAUGUGACACUCUUGCUCGUCUUCCUUGCAUCUUUCAUGUGCCACUCCUUAUCAAUCAGGUUCAUUAACCAGGUUAACUUCUUGAUCAACUGCCCACCUGAAUCAACAGUGACUUGUGAGUAUGUUUCAGAGCUUUUAGAGAAGGGUUUCACACUUAAUGCCAUGGGGAACAGGAUCUUCUAUUCAGCACUUCCGCUCAUGCUUUGGAUUUUUGGCCCUGUGCUUGUUUUUGUGUGUUCGAUCACCAUGGUACCUAUGCUUUAUAAUCUUGAUUUCGUGUUUGGGAAAUCGAAGGAAAAGAUGGAUGAGAUACCAAGUGAGGUGUAGUUAAGCUCAUCUUAAUAACAUGUUAAUUAAUCAUAGUGUGAUGGAAAUAUAUAAUGUUGUUUUAGGCAUUUUCAAAAAAUCUGAGGGACUAAUAUCAUCUAAAAUUAAGUA